AUGUAUGUGUAUGUAUGUGUAUGUAUGUGUAUGUAUGAACUAGCGACCUGCUUCCGUUCAUCGUGCGCUCUUGUGCUCAAAAGUUAUAAAGGUAUUCGUGAAUGA